GGCAGAAAUGAUGGAAAAACUACAGAGCCUGGACCCACGAAGGCAGGAAUUACUGGAGGCCAGGUUCACUGGAGUUGGCGUAAGUAAGGGGCCACUCAACAGUGAGUCUUCCAAACAGAAUUUGUGCAGCGUGGGGUCCUUGAGUAAUAAAGUAAUAGACAUUCCAGAGAAAAAGCAGAAUGACCAGCGAAAUCGGAAAAGAAAAGCUGAACCAUAUGAAACUAGCCAAGGGAAAGGCACUCCUAGGGGACAUAAAAUUAACGAUUACUUUGAGUUUUCUGGGGGAAGCAGGCCAGGAACCAGCUCUGGCAGAAGUGUUCCACCAGUUGCAGGAUCCUCACCGCAACAUUCCUUAUCCAAUCCCUUACCGCGUCGAGUAGAACAGCCUCUAUAUGGUUUAGAUGGCAGUGCUGCAAAGGAGGCCUCAGAAGAGCAGUCUGCUUUGCCAACCCUCAUGCCAGUGAUGUUAGCAAAACCUCGACUUGACACAGAGCAGUUAGUGCCACGGGGAGCUGGCCUCUGCUUCACUUUCGUCUCUGCUCAACAAAACAGCUCUUCUUCUACCAUCCAGCAUAGACAGACCCAGUGUGACCUCACAAUAGAAAAAAUAUCUGCACUAGAAAAGAAUAAGAACUCUGACUUAGAGAAGAAGGAAGGAAGAAUAGAUGAUUUAUUAAGAGCCAACUAUGAUUUGAGACGACAGAUAGAUGAACAGCAAAAGAUGCUAGAGAAAUACAAGGAACGAUUAAAUAGAUGUGUCACCAUGAGCAAGAAGCUCCUUAUAGAAAAGUCUAAACAAGAAAAGAUGGCAUGUAGAGAUAAGAACAUGCAGGACCGAUUGCAAUUAGGCCACUUUACUACUGUCCGGCACGGAGCCUCUUUUAUGGAACAGUGGACAGAUGGUUAUGCUUUCCAAAACCUCAUCAAGCAACAGGAAAGGAUCAAUUCACAGAGAGAAGAAAUAGAAAGGCAACGGAAAAUGUUAGCAAAGAGGAAACCCCCUGCCAUGGGUCAGGCCCCUCCAGCAACCAAUGAGCAGAAACAACGGAAAAACAAGACCAAUGGAGCUGAAAAUGAAACAUUAACCUUAGCAGAAUACCAUGAGCAAGAGGAAAUCUUCAAACUUAGAUUAGGGCAUCUUAAGAAAGAGGAAGCAGAAAUCCAUGCAGAGCUGGAAAGGCUAGAAAGGUUUAGGAAUCUACAUAUCAGGGAAUUAAAAAGGAUACAUAAUGAAGAUAAUUCACAGUUUAAAUACCACCCAACACUAAAUGACAGAUAUUUGUUGUUACAUCUUUUGGGUAGAGGAGGUUUCAGUGAAGUUUACAAGGCAUUUGAUCUAAUGGAGCAAAGAUAUGUAGCUGUGAAAAUUCACCAGUUAAAUAAAAACUGGAGAGAUGAGAAAAAGGAGAAUUACCACAAGCAUGCGUGUAGGGAAUACCGGAUUCAUAAGGAACUGGAUCAUCCCCGAAUAGUAAAGCUGUAUGACUACUUUUCACUGGACAUGGAUUCGUUUUGUACCGUACUAGAAUAUUGUGAAGGAAAUGAUCUGGACUUCUACCUAAAACAGCACAAAUUAAUGUCGGAGAAAGAAGCCCGAUCCACUAUUAUGCAGAUUGUGAAUGCUUUAAAGUAUUUAAAUGAAAUAAAACCUCCCAUCAUACACUAUGACCUCAAACCAGAUAAUAUCCUUUUAGUAAAUGGUACAGCAUGUGGAGAGAUAAAAAUUACAGAUUUUGGUCUUUCCAAGAUCAUGGAUGAUAAUAGCUACAAUUCAGUGGAUGGCAUGGAGCUAACAUCACAAGGUGCUGGUACUUAUUGGUAUUUACCACCAGAGUGUUUUGUGGUUGGGGAAGAGGCACCAAAGAUCUCAAAUAAAGUUGAUGUCUGGUCAGUGGGUGUGAUCUUCUACCAGUGUCUUUAUGGGAGGAAGCCUUUUGGCCAUAAGCAGUCCCAGCAAGUUAUUCUACAAGAGAAUACUAUUCUUAAAGCUAUUGAAGUACAGUUUCCGCCAAAGCCAGUAGUAACACCUGAAGCAAAGGCAUUUAUCAGGCGAUGUCUGACCUAUCGAAAGGAAGAACGCAUUGAUGUGCAGCAGCUGGCCUGUGACCCCUACUUGUUGCCUCACAUCCGAAAGUCAGUCUCCACAAGUAGUCCUGCAGGAGCUGCUAUUGCAUCAACCUCUGGGGCAUCCAAUAACAGUUCUUCAAAUUGA